CUCCUCCGCCCCUCAGGGCCCAUCCACCGCCCCCUCCCGGCUCUCCUCCGGCUCUCCUCCGCCCCUCAGGGCUCUUCCCGCCGCCGCUUCCUGUCGCCAUGUUCCGGGGCCGCCGAGCCUGGUUCUCGCAGAGCGUCAGCCCAGGCCCGCGGGAGCUGUGGGCGGCUGGCGGCGGAGUGCUCGCCCACUGGCGCGACGCUGACUACCUCUUCAGCAGCGAUGCUGCCCACCCGGACACCCGCAGAAUACACGAGAGCCUCGAUUACCUGGAGGGCAGAGCUACCAUCUUCCACUCCCGCUACCUCUCGGCAGGGGCAAGCACCAGCGUGGGAGCCAAGCUGUCGGUGGUGCUGGGCCACUUUGUCCUGCCACCUGCCUGCCUGCAAGAAGAGAUCCGGAGGAGAAUCGGGCGCUUUGUCUGGGAGCAGGCGGAUGGGUCCCCCGCGGGAGAGCCCAGCGACGCCCUGAGGGAUGAACCCGAGGCAGUGCGCAGAGGCUCUGAGGAAGAGGCUGAGGAGGGUGUGCAAGACAUGGCCCAGAGCAGUGAGGAGGAAAACGGCUCCAGGACACCUUCCCAGGAGGAACUGCUGUACCGAGCCCUGCAGGAGUACCCCACAAACAACAUGGUGACAGGCUACGCCUCCGCCCGCGAUCUGAAGCAGUACCGGGGCGAGCUCCGCGAUUUCACCCCCGGCGCCGCGGGCUACGCCGCCUACUUCGUCCGGAAGGAAAUCAGCCUCUGCUGCGACGGCAAGGGCAGGGCCAAGAGAAGACGUUAAGCGAGGGCAGAAACGCGAGCAGGAGCCACCAAAGGGCUCUGGCGGUGCUGGCAAAGUCAGCCCCGCGGCUGUGGGUCUGGCUCCGUGCUCGCUCCCCCGCGCCCCGAUGCUUGUUUCGGCGCUCAGCCCUUGCUCGCCUGUGGUUAGGUUAAAUAGCGAACAGCUGAGCAGCUCUGGGCUGGGAGCUCUCGGUUAGAUCCCGGUGGCAUGUUAGAAAACUAUCCCGGUUUGGCUCUUCCCGGCGGGGUUCAGAGCCUGUUUGAGGCAGUUUCUUCUGAGCAACUCUUUACAGUUCACAGCAAACCUGAA